AUGACUCCCGUCGCGUCCGCCGUGUGCGUCGCAUUCGUCGCAUACGUCGCGCAUGCGAGCUACUCCCGCUUCAUGCUGCCAACCACAAUCCGCGCCUUUUUCCCUCCCAUUUCCUCUUUCCCCCCCCCUUCCCCUUUCUCCUCCCCCUCCCCUUCCCCAUCCCCUUCGCCCCCUCAGCCCGCAGGCUGCGCGUUGCAGCGCAUGACUCCGAAGAGCCUUCUGAAGCGCUUUAGCAACAAGCUGGUGCUCGUGUUUGGCGACAGCAUCUCGAAGAAUUUCGCCGGGUCCGUCGCGUGCGUGCUGUACGCCGCGUCGCCCGGCACCAUCCAGAAUUUCCGCAUCGCCAACGGCAACACCAAGGCGUACGGCGUCAGGGUUCCUCAUUUCAGAACUCGUUUCGCGUCGGUGUUCUCCAAUUGGCUGAACCAUGCGAGCGGGCUGGGCGGCAGCAUGAACCGCGUUGACCUGGAUCAGAUUGACCCACAGAUCACUGAUCUCCUGCCACUGGCAGACAUUGUCGUUUUCCAGGCGACCAAGUGGUGGCUCCCUGCCAUCAACAAGUGGUACUUGGGUGGCAAGGAGCAGACACUCUCCAGGGAGGCGGCUUACGAGAUCGGCCUCAAAACUCUGCGCAACUAUGUGGUCAAGUCGGGCUUUAAGGGCCGUGUUGCCCUGCUGGGCGUGUCCCCCUCCCACUACAAGGUCCCUGGUCUGGAAAAGUUGUCGUGUGAGACCAGCAGAAUGCUGACAGCGCAACAGCCCGCAGGCUGCGCGUUGCAGCGCAUGAAGCCGAAGCGCCUGCUGAUGCGCCUCCGCACUGGUUGCCCAUUGCAACGCAUGACUCCGAAGCGCCUGCUGUUGCGCUUUCGCAACAAGCUCGUGCUCGUGUUUGGCGACAGCGUCUCGAAGAAUUUCGCUGGGUCCGUCGCUUGCGUGCUACACUCCGCGUCGCCCGGCACCAUCCAGGAUUUCCGCAUCGCCAACGGCAACACCAAGGCGUACGGCGUCAGGGCUCCUCGUUCCAACACUCGUUUCGCGUCGGUGUUCUCCAAUUGGCUGAACCAGGCGAGCGGGCUGGGCGGCAGCAUGAAUCGCGUUGACCUUGAUAAGAUCGACCCGCAGAUCACCGACCUUCUGCCACUGGCCGACAUUGUCGUUUUCCAGGCCACCAACUGGUGGUUUCCUGCCAUCAACAAGUGGUACUUGGGUGGCAAGGAGCAAUCGCUGACCAAGGAGGCAGCUUACGAGAUUGGCCUCAAGACUCUGCGCGACUAUGUGGCCAAGUCGGGCUUUAAGGGCCGCGUUGCCCUGGUGGGUGUGUCCCCCUCCCACUACAACGUCCCCGGGCUGAAGGAGGGGUCGUGCGAGACGAGCAAAAUGCUCACCGCACAGCAGGUAAGACAUUGA